AGGAUGCAUUGAUGGAUGGGUUCAACAUAAUGACAUGUGUUACUUUUUGAGUCACGAUAAAGCAACAUGGUAUGAGGCAUUGGCUGUGUGCUCGUCUGUGUUUGGAACAUUGGCAGAACCAUCCUCGGCGGACGUGCAAAAUUUCUUAGUAAGUCAAAUUCCAAGGAAUUCAUCAUAUCCUCGACAACAUUUCAAAUAUUGGAUCGGAAUAUCUGAUGUUUUCAAGGAAACACAUUGGAUGUUCAUUUCAACACAACAGAUUGUUUCAACAACAUUUUGGUUUCCCGGAGAACCAAAUAACAAUAUUGCAACUGGUCUAGAUAAUACAGACGAAGAUUGUGUUCUGUUCAACUGGGAUGGCAAAGGUUCAUGGAACGACUUUUCUUGCACAUCACGUUAUUUGUUUACCUGUCAGAAAGAGGAUGCAGAUAUAAAUGUGAUUGGUUAAAAGCUUUAGUAGAGUCAUACGAAAUAAAGGACAUUCUAC